UAUAACAGACAGAGUUCCACAGUUAGGUAACAUACGUUACUCAGAACUUGUCAACAAUUUCUUGCCAAGCAGUUACGAUGGUCAACCCGCAAUAUAUCUAUACUAUAAUUUACUUAUACGUGUGUAUAAUAUUCAAUGAUUUCUCUGCUGAUGGAGCGUGUGAUAAAUCGAAGUGUAAGGGUCCACUCAAAUAUUACGAGGAUAUAAAUUGCGUACCGACCUAUGGAAGUGAGGACAGUUGUUGCCCCAUCAAAUACAAUUGUCAAAAUCUCGAAGGAAGAUCCGUAGAAAAAUGUUAUUUCAAUGGACACGUAUACAACAUGGGUGAAACACUCAGAGAAGAAGAUGCAAAGCCAUGUGAUAUUAAUUGUGUCUGCGGGCCAAGUGUGUAUGGCCGCUCAAGGUUUAGUUGCGCCAUAGUCGAUUGUUUCCACCGACCGGAACCUGGAUGUUAUUUAAAAGAAUCGCUUAAUCAAUGCUGUCCCGGACCUGAAAUAUGCCCUGAACGUGACACCGAUAUCCCACGGUGUACAGUUGACGGAAAAACAUACUUGGAUGGUCAGCGAUUCACGCCACAAUCAGAUCCAACACUAAAUUGUGUUUGUUCUGAGGGAUACGAAGGAAAAAAUGUUGAGCCAUUCUGUAAACAUCCGGAACCAUUUAGUUGUGAUGUAGAACUGCGUCAGUCUGAUGAUAUAUAUAAUAAUUGUACUCCAGUAUUUUACAGUUCGCAAAACCCAGCUACAGACUGUAAUUUUUUUUCUAGGUGCCAAAACCCAAAUGAUAAAGUAGUAAAACCAGAAGGUGCGACUGCAACUACUGGGGUUUCAAAUUCGGGUGCAGAUUUCACCUGCAGAUUUGGAAACUUGACAAUGAACGUUGGAGAUGAACUGAACUCGGGAACAGAUUAUAGCUCAGUUUGCCUUAAAUGCGUUUGCGAAGUACCGCCACUUCCCACGUGUCAACGACUCCCCGACAACGAAUGUGACGUCACUGUUCACCCUAACUUCGAUUGAUUUUUGCUGCAACUGAAGAUGCGUGUUAUUGUUGGUUAUUCAGAUGAAAACUGAUGUUAAAGCUUUGCAAAAAUAUUGAAAAUAGCGAAGCUGUAGUGCAAAUGCUAUCAUUUAUGGUUACCGAUAUUUCUUUACCAAUAAAGUAAGUGAUCAAAUGAAA